GUGAUAGUCUUCAAACAUGGGAAUGUAAAGGGAGAGAAACAGUUCAGGAGAACGGAGAGUGAACAGUACAGUGUAAGAGAGAGAGAGUGUGUGAGUGUGUGUGUGUGUGUGUGUGUGAGAGAGAGAGUGUGUGUCAGAGUGUGAAUGAGUGUGUGUGUGUGCGCAUGUGUGUGUUUGUGAGUGUGUGUGUGUGUGUGUGUCUGAAGAUGAGAUCACUGUUGCAUCAGUACUUCCUGGUGGCAGCCAUGUUGACUCUGUUUCUAUUCCUCACCUCAUUGUGGCUGCCUCAAGGAACAGUACAGGAUUGUGAAUCAUCGUGGCUCCCGUGUCUCAGUGAUCCAAACCACAUGGUACAUCCGGUAGUGGUUGCAGAAAGUGAUGUUGGGACCCACACUGAUAACAUCACUAUUAGGAGCGACAGCAUUAACCCUAAACCUGUCAUCAUAUCUGAUUGUCCUGGGCAGCAUUUCCAGGUGUCUCAACUCCUGUUGUAUUUAAACUCCGCCCUCAGCCCUACCUCGGAUGUGCUCUUGGAUCCUUACCUGCUCUGCUGGGAAGAGCUAAUUAAGUUUAUGGAGGCUCUCGGUCCUCUGGUUAGUUUUUUCACCUACAAAGUUCAGGAGAAGAUCACUCUAAUUCGCCAGCUGGCUGAGGAGGAUUCUGGGAAACACAGAUUACUGACUCCGCCCCCCACCAACUCCCCACUUCUAACCCACAAUCCCCUCAGCCACACCUACCAUUCUGUGUGCUCCAUGUUGGAUACAGAGCUUCAGUUGGGUGUGGUCAGCUUCGACAGACAAACGCCAUCGGGAAGUCGUACUUUGCUUCGCCUCCAUCGAUCGCUGCUGUGGUUGCAGCUGUUGCUGAUGAAAUUGUGGCUGGAGCCUGGGCACGUGAGGCGAAGCCUGGGUGAGGUGUGUGAAGAAGCAUACAGUGAGGCGUUAGCACCACAUCACCCAUGGCUGCUACAGAGGGUGGCACGACUCGCCUUUAAGGCCAUGCCUGAACACACUGUACUGCUCAGGAUGGUGUGUGUGAACACACACGAGGAGGCAGAACCAAUCAUUCGCACCAUUGUCACUGCGAUCAGUGAGGUGCGCCGUAGAACCCACAAUGAGCUGGAGAAAAGAAACAUGCUGGACUUACCUUAAAGGAACACGUGUCUAAAGACGGCAGGUAGCCAUCAGUGUGAAAUGUGAAUGAUGCUAAAUUUAUUAAUUUCUGAUAUUCAGUUGUUGAUCAAAGUAUUUUUUUCCUAAGUGACCAUUAUACAGGUGCAUAUCAAAAAAUAAGAAAAUCGUGGAAAAGUCUUUUUUUUUCUUUCAUAAAGUGAAAUAUUUCAAGCCUUUUUUUGUUUUAAUUUUCAUGAUUGCGGCUUACAGCUCAUGGAACACUCAACACUACAGUAUCUCAAAAUAUGAGAAUAUAGAGUUUAUAAUAUAGAAAUGUUGACCUGAGAAGAUUCUAAUCAGAUAAUUAACUCAAAACACCUUCAAAGGUUUCCUGAGCCUUAAAUCUCUCAGUCUGGUUCAGUACACAACUACAAUCACGGGGAAGAUGAAAGUAAAUGUUGCAUUUCAUUUGGAAAUCAAGGUCCCAGAGUCUGGAGGAAGAGUGGAGAGGCACAGAAUCCAAGCUGCUUGAAGUCCAGUGUGAAGUUUCCACAGUCAGUGAUGAUUUGGGGUGCCAUGUCAUCUGCUGGUGUUGGUCCACUGUGUUUUCUCAAGUUGAGACUCAAUGCAGCAUCUACCAGGAGAUCUUAGAGCACUUCAUGCUUCCAUCUGCUGACAAGCUUUAUGGAGAUGCUGAUUUCCUUUUCCUGCAGGACAUGGCACCUGUCCACAGUGCCAAAACUACUAGUAACUGGUUUCUGAACAUGGUAUUACUGUGUUUGAUUGGACAGCCUGACCUGAACCCCAUAGAGAAUCUAUGAGAGACAGCAGACCAAACAAUACAGACCAGUCGGAGGACGCUAUCAAAAUAACCUGGGCUUCCAGAACACUUCAGCAGUGCCACAGGCUGAUUGCCUCCAUGCCACGCCACAUUGAUGCAGUAAUUCCUGCAAAAGGAUUAAAGCCCCGACUGCGUAUCAGGCGCAUAAAUUAACACACUUUUCACAAGGUCGAAAUUACUGUAUUAUAAACUCUUUAUUCUUAUAUUUUGAGAUACUGGAUUUUUGAUUUCCGUGAGCUGUAAGCCAUAAUCAUUGAGAUUAAAACAAAAGAAGGCAUGAAAUAUUUCACUUCAUGUGUAACGAAUCCAGAAUAUAUGAAAGUUUUUUAAUUAAAUUACAGAAAAAACGAACUUUUCCACGAUAGAUUUUCUUUAUAUUUCCUCCAGGUGGUGCCCCAAUAUCCCACUGGGGAUGAUGUUUCCUUUUCAACAAAGGACCAAUGAACCAAGGAACAUGGGGAAUAUUAACCAAGCUAACAAAGAACACAUUUAGUCCUAAUCUCUCAAAUAGUUAGCAUGAUAACGUUCAUCUAAAAAUCGUUCAGUCCGAAUUUUUAUUAUAUUGGAAGUUAUUUUAAAUAAAGGUGGACAAUUUUUAAAAAUCAUUUUACUUAUAUGGACUUAAACUAGGAACGUCUAAUCAUGUGCUCAUCUUGCUCUUGACUGUCCUCAACUACAGUGCGAACUUUGGGGGAAAACUGAGAAAGUCAAUAGUUUCACCUAAAAAACACAAAGGCUAACUCUAACUCUGAAUGAAAAUGGGACUUUCUCUGGUCUUCAUAUUCACGCCAUUAGUUAUUGAGAUUGAGACGUAGACAGACAUGUAGGUUUUAAAUUCCUAUCACACUCCAAAGCUCAGAUCUAAGACUGUGGUCUUAAAUGAAAUGCAAGUAAGAGCUUUAUUGGACUUCUCUGCACAUGACAGCAAAGAGCUUUGAGUUUUUACUAAACAUGUCACAUCUGCAGCUUUAUAACAUCAUCCUCAUCUUCAUCUUCAUCAUCACUCACAUGCUGUAUUACUGACUGGAAAUAAAUGCAAAAUUGUCAUAAGCACCUGUGAGUGGUGCUCAUCUCCAACCUCCAACACAUAACCUUCUAACAACCUUGUGUGUGUGUGUGUGUGUGUGUGUGUGUGUGUGUGUGUGUGUGUGUGUAUACAAUAGAAAACUUUUUGAAAAAAGCUAUUUUUUCAAACACAAAUUUAUUUCAUACAUUUCAUGUUUCAUUAUAAUAUUAAUUUAUACACUGUUUCAGCUUAGACAAUAAAUAAAUAAAUAAAUAAAUAAAUAAAUAAACAAGCAAACAAAUGUCAGAUUUGUGGAUCACCAGCAGGAACAGCAGGGACUUUACACAAGCACAUUCUUACAAUGACCAACAGUUCAGUCGCACACACACACACACACACACACACACACACACACACACACACACACACACACACACACACAAAAUUUCGAGAUUGCAUGAAAGAUGGAAAAUGUGAGCAGUGAGUUGUGUGUAUUAGCUCAACAACAACUUAAAAACAAACAAACAAAUAAAUAAGUUAGCAUACAGCACUCAUGAUAUAAAGGUCAAAUGUAGAAAAAAAAGUAGACGAGAAACAGACUUUGGUGACACAAACAGACCACCUGCAGCUUCACCUGCUAAUAUUGCUAUGCUAACAGUGCUAAAUAAGUACGUACAGUAAGGACAAAAUUCUAAAUGCUGUAAAUGCAAAUGUAGUAAGUUCUAUUGUAACUAAGCUUAUGCUAAUAAAUGUUACAUGCUAA